GGGGCUUCACUUCUUUUGAUGCUGAAGCACUAUCUCACUAAGGAUGUUUUCCAAGCCGGCAUUGAGGUAUACUUGCAUAAUCACAAUUAUGGAUCUGCCCGGAGUGACGACUUGUGGGACAGCAUGAAUGAGAUUACCAAUGGAACACUAGAUGUAAAAAAGUUGAUGAAAACUUGGAUUCUGCAUAAAGGAUUUCCUUUAGUCACUGUUGUCCGAAAGGGAAAGAUUAUUUCUGUACAACAAGAGAAAUUUUUGUAUCAUGUGGAACCAGAAAAUUGGACAUCAGAUGCAAGUUAUCUGUGGCAUAUUCCUCUCACCUACAUAACUAGCAGCUGCAACUUUACCCAUUGUACUAAUGCGUAUUUACUGGACCAGAAGUCAGCUGUCAUUGAACUUCCAGAAGAGGUGGAAUGGAUAAAAUUCAAUGUGGACAUGAACGGCUAUUACAUAGUACACUAUGCUGAAGACUGGAAAACGCUGAUUGAUCUGUUGAAAAAAAACCACACUGCUUUGAGUCCUAAAGACAGAGCUAAUUUGAUCAACAAUAUCUUCAACCUUGCAGGUCUAGGAAAAGUGUCUCUGGAAAAGGCCUUUGAGCUCAUUGAUUACCUUAACAAAGAGAGCAGCACUGCACCACUCACUCAAGCUUUGUUUCAGCUGAGUCUUAUGUACAGCCUUUUAGAGAAAAAGGGUGAACAACAACUGGCAGCACGAGUCAUGCAUAGAAUAGAGCACCUGCUUGGAGAUAAAAUUGAUCAACAGCAUUGGACAGAUGAUGGGACCUUGUCUGAACGAGAGCUCCGGUCAACGCUGCUAGCUUUUGCUUGCACACAUGAUAUGAGAAACUGUAGAACAGCUGCCACUGAGAUAUUUGAGAAAUGGAUGAGGUCUAAUGGAACAAUGAGUCUGCCUAGUGAUGUUACGAAAGCCAUAUUUACAGCUGGAGCCAAAUCCAGUGAUGGCUGGGAAUUCCUUCUGAAUAUGUAUGCCUCUUCAGUUUCUGAAGCAGAGAAGAGCAAAAUGAUUGAAGCCUUGGCCAGCACAGAUGAUGUCAGAAAGCUGAUCUGGUUAAUGCAGAACAGCCUUGAAGGAGAAGUCAUUAGGGCACAGGAGCUUUCACAUAUCAUAGCAACUGUUAGCCAGGGUUUGCCUGGAUAUUUGCUGGCCUGGGACUUUGUCAAAGAGAACUGGGAAAAGCUUACACGAAAGUAA